AUGAAGCCACAGGGAAUUUCAGAAGAAGAUAUCAAGCUAAGGGCUUUUCCAUUUUCAUUGACUGGAGUUGCAAAGGAUUGGCUAUAUUAUUUGCCACCAGGAUAUAUUACCUCUUGGAUUGAUAUGAAGAAGGCUUUCUUGGAGAAAUACUUUCCAGCAUCAAGGACCGCUACUAUCAGGAAGAGUAUCUGUGGAAUUCAACAAGUGGUGGGAGAGACACUGUAUGAAUAUUGGGAGAGAUUCAAGAAGUUAUGUGCAAGUUGUCCUCAGCAUCAAAUUAGUGAGCAGUUACUAGUUCAGUACUUCUAUGAGGGAUUAUUGCCUAUGGACCGAAGUAUGAUAGAUGCGGCAGCUGGAGGGGCUUUGGUGAAUAAAACUCCAGAACAAGCUAGAGAGCUCAUUUCUAAUAUGGCAGAGAAUUCUCAACAAUUUGGAAGUAGGGCUUUGACUACAAGAGGAGUUGGAGAGGUGCAAAUGUUUUCUAGUGAACAAAAGGAGAUAAGGAAUUCAUUGUUGGAGUUGACAUCUUUGGUGAAGCAAUUGGCAUUGAAUAAUGUUAAUCAAACUUCCACUUUGCCGAGCACACAAUUUCCAUAUCAAUCAAGGGGAGUUUGUGGUAUUUGUUCUAGCCAAGAUCAUGAUUCGGAGUUAUGUCCUAAUCUUCAUCAAGAUGAGUCUUUGGCAGCGUUUUCUAGGGCUCAAUUUUCUCAAAAGUAUGAUCCUUAUUCUUCUACUUAUAAUCCUGGUUGGAGAGAUCAUCCAAAUUUGAGGUAUAGCAAUUCAUUUCAUCAACAAUCACCCUUGAAUCAAAAUUUCCAGCAGCAAUUCCAACCUUUUCAGAGACAAUUUCAGUCAUAUCAGCAAAUACCUAAUCAAAAUCAGCAACCUCAUUUUCAAAAUCAGCAAAAUCAGCAAAGUUUCCAGCAGCCUGCAACUCAAUUCUAG